AUGACGAUAAGCAUUAAUGUGGAUACCAUUGAUCUACUAGCGUUUAAGGGGAAGGACCUCAUCAUCUGUGAUCUGUUUGGUGGCUCUUCUCAUGCAUCUGUUUAUAUCUAUCUAUCUAUCUAUCUAUCUAUCUAUCUAUCUAUCUAUGUCUGUUCAUAUCUAACUAUCUAUCUAUCUAUCUAUCCAAAGAAGUGUCAUGAUAUCUAUCUCAUCCUGUUUCAAUCUAUCUAUCAAUUUGUCUAUGUCAUUCUGUUUCUAUCUAUAUAUUUCAUUCUGUUCCACUCUAUCUAUCUAUCUAUCUAUCUAUCUAUCUAUCUAUCUAUCUAUGUUUUGAUCUAUCAAUCUGUUUGUCUCUCUUUCUCUCUCUCUCUUUCUAAUAUAUAUAUAUCAUUCUAUAUCUAUCUCAUUCUGAUCUAUCUCUGCCUGUCUGUCUGUCUGUCUGUCUCUCUCUGUCUCUUGCUCUCUCUUAUUCUAUAUUUAUCUAUCUAUCUCAUUCUGAUCUAUCUCUGUCUAUCUGCCGGUUUCUCUCUAUGUCUGUCUGUCUGUCUGUCUGUCUGUCUGUCUCUCUCUCUCUCUCUCUCUAUAUAUAUAUAUAUAAUUCUCUUCCUAUCUAUCUAUCCCUAUCUAUUUAUGAUUUUUGUCCUCAUAUGUUGA